AUGACUACAACGUAUCAAGUCCCCCCAAACGGCGUCCUGCCGCCUCAGGACUACCAGCCUCCAUCAAAACAAUCCAUAUAUCAAUCUUCCGAGAACAAUGCCCCAGCUCCUUACCAGGACCGCCCGAAUGGUCCAGCUCGCUACAAAAUCACGAAACCCUCAUUCCACAGUCGUUAUGAGUGCACGCCUGAGGAUGACACCGACAGACCAGCAACCUACAGCCUCCAAAUCUCAAGUCGAAAAAAGAAGCCCGACCUGGCGUUUUCCGCAGAGGGGGCGCCGAUGGGAGAAUGUUUCUUCCCAGAAGUAAAAAAGACGUCCCCAAGCGACAGCAAGUCUUUUAGAAUUGCUCUUGGUAACCCCUCCAACGCCCAGUGGACAGAGCUUAUCCAUCACGGCGAAGACAACUAUGGUUGGACAUUCAUGUUCAAUCUUCCAAGCACCGGACAGCCUAUGCCCAUGACUUGGAAGAAAGAUAACAAUAUCGCUGUUGAUGGGAUGCAUGCUUCCAAGCUCGGCGACAAUAAUUUCAACCUUCAAGAUCCGAACGGCCAGGUCAUGGCUGUCUUUACGAGGCAAACCUUCAGUCUACGAUCCAGCGCUAUCGGUACAUUGCAGACCAACGUGGACCUCGGUCCUCUUUUCGAGUACGCUGUUGUCAUGUCGCUCUUGUGUAUUUACGAGUAUCGAAAGAGGGAGGAGAAUAACAGUGCGAGUUCGAGUGGUCUGGGUGCUAUUGCCGCUGUUGCUGCCGCCGGUGGUGCCGGUGCCAGUGGCGGUGGAGGAGGAGGUGGAGGCGGUUGUUAA